UCCCACCUCACCACCACCAUUCUCCAUAACCACGACAUCACCACCAAACCCCACCGCCACCCCUGAACCAAACUGACCCCUACCCCUACAACCACUGCCCCACCAUUGACCACCACCCCUAACACCCACAACCCCCUUAAUUGAACCCCACCCCACGCCACCCUCAUCCCUAACCCGAAAUCCCACCCCCUCUCACCUGACCACACCCCACAGGACUGAAACCCCACCCCACCCCAAAACCCACCACGCCGAACCGAACCCAACCCCUAAACCAAACCCUACAUCACCCUUCCUCGGUAGCCCCACCACCAUAAUCCCAGUCACGCCCUCAAACCCACCUUAAAUCGAACCAAACCCUCAUCCCGCCCACCUCCCCACCACACCCCGAGACUCCAGACAAUUGUCAAAGGUGUAAAGGGAAGGAGAUGAAUUGGGGUCUGGGUUUGGGGAGAUGAACCAAACCCUCAUCCCGCCCACCUCCCCACCACACCCCGAGACUCCAGACAGCUGUCAAAGGUGUAACGAGAAGGAGAUGAAUUAAGGUCGGGGUUUGGGGAGAGAGAAAGGGUCGAAUUUGGGGGUCGACAGGUACGAGGUUUGCUUUGAAGUACUGGCGGGAGGAGUUGGUCAAAGGUGACCGGAGGAAGGGAAGGUGCUGAUCUAUGGUGGUCGGUGGGGCUUCUGGUUGGCGACAAGCGGCUAAGCUAGUUGGGGAAGCCGACAUCAAUGGAGGGGGAGGGGAAAAAAUUUCUGUUUUUUUUUUUUUUUUUUUUUUUUUUUUUUUAAGAAAUUUAUUUUUUUUAAUUAAUGUGUGUUAAUUUUUUUAAGAAGUGUUAAUCAUAAGUACUAUUAGAUAAUUAGCAAUUAAUUAUAAUUUGAUAAACGAUUUAACAAAUAAAAAUCUGAUAACCGGUCACCUCUAGGUUGUAGGUAAAAUAACUUGUUUAAAACGGAUACCAAUUUAAAAUGGUAUUAUUUAGAGAUAAUCAAAAGAUCGACCUGUUUUUAGCGGACGGGUAAAAGGUGGUAUUAUUUAAUGCAAUUUUUCUUAUCUUUAAUUAUCAAUAAUAUAAAUUCUAAAAGUAGAAAUGACGUAACUUUAAAAAUAGCCUUAGUUUUGUACAUCACUCGGUUUCUCAAUACGCUCUUUGUAGCUCUGCCAACCAUCAUCACGGCCGACCGUCCGCCCUACAAUCGCCGGCGACCGUCCGCCUGACGAUCACCGCUGUCUGAGGCACUGCCAGAGGUCAGUGCUACUAAUUUAACGAAAUAUUACAGACAAAAAAAAAAAAAAAAAAAAAAAAAACAGCACAUCCAUAAAAGUUGGAUCAGUUUGACAGCGUCUUCUCUAUUCUUCAUUAUUCUGCUGCGUUGGAAGUUGGUUUCUUCUCCAAAGCAGAGAGAUGGUCCACAGUGCAUAUGAUUCCUUCGAGCUAAUUAGUGAUUUCCCCACAAAGAUUGAUGCUGUUGAAUCAUAUGGCUCAAAACUUCUCCUUGGCUGCAGCGAUGGGUCACUUCGAAUCUAUUCUCCCGAGUCUGCAUCCGAUUCAUCUCCGCCAUCUGAUUAUCAUGCCAGCCAAUUAGAGCUUCUAAAAGAACCCUACUCUCAAGAGAGAACCAUAAAUGGCUUUGCAAGGAGGCCAAUCAUUGCAAUGGAGGUUUUGAGGUCGCAAGAGCUUCUUUCUCUCUCUGAGUCUAUUUCAUUUCAUAAGCUCCCUUCCUUUGAGACUGUUGCCGUAAUUUCCAAGGCCAAAGGUGCAAAUGCUUAUUCUUGGGAUGAAUCUAGGGCUUUUUUGUGUUUUUCCAAGCAGAGAAAGAUAUGGAUAUUCCGGCAUGAUGGAGGUCGGGGGUUUGUCGAGGUGAAAGACUAUAAUGUUUCAGAUACUGUGAAGUCAAUGGCUUGGUGUGGUGAAAAUAUAUGCAUUGGUGUUCGAAAGGAAUACAUGAUACUCAAUGCUACUACUGGUGCAAUGUCUGAAGUGUUUUCUUCAGGGAGAAUCUCCCCACCUUUGGUGGUGUCUCUUCCUUCUGGAGGAUUUCUUCUUGGGAAGGAUAAUAUUGGGGUUUUUGUGGACCAAAAUGGGAAACUUGGUCAAGAAGGCAGGAUUUGUUGGUCUGAGGCCCCCAGUCAAAUUGUUAUCCACGAGCCUUAUGCUAUAGGUCUCCUGUCUAAGCAUAUUGAGAUAAGGUCUCUUCAACAAUCAUUUCCAUUAAUACAAACUGUUGGCUUGCGAAAUGUUCGGCAUGUCAUACGCAGCAACAGUGCGAUUAUUGUUUCUCUAGAAAAAUCUGUCUAUGGCCUCUUCCCAGUUCCUUUGGGUGCGCAGAUAGUGCAAUUAACAGCAUCUGGCAAUUUUGAGGAGGCCUUAGCUUUGUGUAAACUCCUUCCACCAGAAGAUUCAAGUCUUAGAGCUGCAAAGGAGAGUUCUAUCCAUAUUAGAUAUGCACAUCAUUUGUUUGAAAAUGGUAGCUAUGAGGAGGCCAUGGAGCAUUUUGUUGAUUCACAAGUUGAUAUCACAUAUGUGCUUUCACUUUACCCAUCAAUUAUUGUUCCAAAGUCGACUGUGCUUCCGGAGCCUCAAAAGGUGACAGAUUUUGGUUUGGAUGCUUCAGAUCUCUCGAGGUGUUCGUCGGGCAUAUCUGAUGACAUGGAAACUUCACCUAGAGCACAUAGUGACUUAGAGGAAAAUGCUUCCGUAGAGUCCAAGAUAGUUAGCCACAAUACUCUUAUGGCACUUAUCAAGUUCUUGCAGAAGAAAAGGUUCAAUAUUAUUGAAAAGGCUGCAGCAGAGGGAACAGAUGAGGCCGUGUCUGACGCCUUUGGUGCUAAUUUCAAAUCUUAUGACUCCAAUAGGUCAAAGAAGUCAAAUAAGGGUCGUGGCAGCGUUCCCAUUAGCUCAGGGGGUCGUGAGAGGGCUGCUAUACUGGACACUGCACUUCUCCAAGCCCUUAUUCUCACAGGACAGUCUUCUGCUGCUGUGGAACUGUUGAGAGGGGUAAAUUUCUGUGAUUUGAAGAUAUCUGAGGAGUUCUUGCACAAAUCAUGUCAAUAUACUGCAUUGCUCGAAUUAUACAAGUGCAAUGAUAUGCACCGUGAAGCUUUGAAGCUUUUGCUCCAACUAAUUGAAGAGUCAAAGUCAGAGCCCCCACGACCUGAGCUCAUUCAGAAGUUCACUCCUGAAAUGAUCAUUGACUACCUGAAGCCUCUUUGUGGGACAGACCCCAUGCUUGUGCUGGAAUUUGCAAUGCUUGUUCUUGAAAGCUGUCCAACACAGACUAUUGAGCUCUUUCUAUCAGGAAAUAUUCCGGCAGACUUGGUGAAUUCCUAUUUGAAACAGCAUGCUCCAAAUAUGCAGGCUAGAUAUCUAGAACUUAUGCUUUCCAUGAAUGAAGAUGGGGUCUCUGGUCAUCUACAGAAUGAAAUGGUGCAAAUCUAUCUGUCAGAGGUUCUUGAUUGGUAUAGAGAACUGAGCUCACAACAGAAAUGGGAUGAGACAGCUCACUCUCCAACAAGGAAGAAAUUAUUAUCUGCUUUGGAGAACAUUUCAGGGUACAACCCAGAAGGUCUUUUAAAACGUCUUCCAGCUGAUGCCUUGUAUGAAGAAAGGGCUAUAUUGUUGGGGAAGCUGAAUCAGCAUGAACUUGCCCUUUCUCUCUAUGUACAUAAGCUUCAUGUUCCUGAAUUGGCUCUUUCUUAUUGCGAUCGAGUCUACGAGUCUCAGCUUAAUCAACCUCCUGGAAGGUCUCAGAGCAAUAUAUAUCUUACUCUCCUGCAAAUCUAUUUAAAUCCUAGAAGAACAACAAGAAACUUUGAGAGACGAAUCAACAAUCUCGUCUCGACGCCUAAUGCUGAAAUCAAAAGAAAUAAUUCCUCUGCUUCAAUUAGAAGCAAAGGUCGUCUUCCUAGAAAAAUUGCUGAAAUAGAGGGUGCAGAAGAUGUGCGCUUUAGCCCCAGCAAUACGGAUAGUGGGAAGAGUGAUGGUGAUGCAGAUGAAGCCAACUCUGAAGGGGGGUCCAAUAUAAUGCUUGAUGAGGCCCUUGAUUUGUUGAGCCGCAGAUGGGAAAGAAUCAAUGGGGCACAAGCCCUGAAGUUGUUACCCAAAGAAACUAAGUUUAAGAAUUUGCUUUCUUUUCUUGGACCACUCUUGAGAAAAUCUAGCGAAACACACAGGAAUUUUGCAGUGAUUAGGAGACUUAGAGAGAGUGAGAAUCUCCAGGUUAAAGAGGAACUCUAUGAUAAGAGGAAAGCUGUUGUAAAGGUUACAGGUGAUAGCAUGUGUUCCCUCUGCAACAAGAAGAUAGGAACAAGCGUGUUUGCUGUCUAUCCAAAUGGAACAACACUAGUCCACUUUGUUUGCUUUAGGGACUCACAGAGCAUGAAGGCUGUGAAAGGUUCCCAAUCAAGAAAAAGAUCACAGUAGAGUUCAAAUAUAAUGUUUUUCGUGCACUACCGGCUCUCUGCUCAAGCUAUUGCCUCUCAUGCUCUAGUGCUGUUGUUUCCUUUCCUAUAUCCCUCCAUGGUUGCCAUUUUUUGCGAGGUAGAGCCCAUGCUGUUAACUCAGCAGCAUUCUCCAGCUAUAACAAUAACCUGGUUUGAGGACAGGAACAUCAUCUGGAGUCAUUUGAGCUCAAUUUGUGGUAGUGAAAAAAACCCAUCAUCAAGAACAUGUGGUGUCUUCAACAACGAAUGCAUGAAGAAGUAUUCAGUUGGUUGUUAAUUUUGUUUUGCUGGUUAUAUGUAGAUGGUGAGUGUUGUGCUGCAAGUAAUUCAUCGAUUGGGAAUCUCUUUGAUUCUGCUAUUGUUUACAUGAUUUUGUUGUAACUAAUGUAUAUCAUGGAAUACAUGUUUUAACUUAAAACACUUGAUUUAAAAGAAUCAUGCACAUUUUGGUCUAACACUGUAGAUGUAUUUUUUCCAUGAAAUUUGUUACAUUUUUUUGGAUUAA